AGAUAGAUCACAGCCACAGAUAUUGCUAAUUCUAAGAGCUGCGGGGAGCUCACUGGAUAAGCCUCAAGUACUUCUACUGAGACUGCAAAGGCGGUUGAGAAUCUGGGGUUCGUUUUAGGGCAGAAACCGCAGAGGCCGGGGGAAGAAGAAGAAGAAUAAGAAGGCGGCGAAGAAGCGUGCAGCUACUUGUUGUUCCAAUACACACAUUGAUAUGGCCACGAUUUUCUUAUCAAUUUCUACAUUCUCUCUAUCGCAUUCACCCUCCUCCAAAUUGCCUUCCCCAUCGACAUCUUCAUGUUCUCCGCCUUCGCCUUCUUCAUGUUGUCGGUGCUGUGUAGGGCUCGUGCCUCGACGAACGAUGAUGGUUUGCAGCAAUAAUCGAAGAACGCGGAGGAUGAUUGUUCGUAUGGCCCCCGACGAAGAGAAGCUCACUCGCCGAAAUCCUCUCGAUUUCCCUAUUGAGUGGGAAAGGCCCAAGCCUGGGCGUAGACCUGAUAUUUUCCCUCAAUUUAGCCCAAUGAAAACACCAUUGCCUCCUCCAUUGCCUUGUGAUCCUCCUGAAGAAGAUGAGGAAGAGGAAGAGAAGAAAGAGGAAGAAGAGGAAGAUCCUGAAAAGGAAGAGCCAGAGAAGCCAGAAAACCAGUAGUCAUGUUUGGACCUUCUUCUGAUUAGGAUAGGUUAUCUUUCUAUAUGCUGCUUAUGGAACUAGAAGGGAGGAGGAAAAAAAAAUGCAAAACCAGGUAUUCUGCCACUUCUGAAUCUUUUUUUAUCCAUGCAAACAUGGGUGGAGCAGAAGUCUGUCUGAAACCACACUGUUACUUGAGAAUUCUCUACUCUAAAAUGAUAAACUAAGUCAGAGAGGUUCUUUGUUUAUCAAGCCAUGUAACUUUAUUGUUAGUGAUCAAUUUUGAGACAGUUGAUUAUCCGCUUAUGAUUGCAACUUUUUUCUUUCAAAAUUUA